ACACAUAGAGGCACAGAGAGGCAGAGCGAGAGCAAGGGAGAGAGAGAGAGAGAGAGAGAGAGAGAGAGAGAGAGAGAGAGAGAGAGAGAGAGAGAGAGCUCCUGGGCUCACAACCUACUGCUGCCGGCUUUCCUCUCCAUGCAUGCUACAAUGAGGAAGCCACUGGAGUUGUAAAGGUCAUCCGGAUUUCCUGUACAGCAGCGGCAUGUAUUGUGUGUGCUAAGCCGUACUAGCCGAGUGUUGCAUCAUGGGUCACCGCGUUGUCCGAAGGAAGCUACGUCCAGCUCGGGUGCUCGCACUCCUCCUCGGGAUCUUAGCAAUAAGCUCUGUCUCCUUCUCCAACCUCGGUGCCUUCUUCUUCUCCUCCUCAUCCACAGCCUCAUGGAGCUCCGCCUCCCAGCUAGAGGAGACUCAUGGCUCUGCUCCUCACAGGACUCUCCUCUCGGUUAAUAACACUAUUGAAUCAGGGCAUCAGGGUGAGUAUCCUGAGGACUUGUUCACACUGGAACAGCGGCGCCAAGGUGCAGUUGUCCUGCACGUACUCGGCAUGCUGUACAUGUUCAUUGCAUUGGCCAUCGUGUGUGACGAGUUCUUUGUGCCCGCACUCACGGUCAUCACUGAGAAGCUGGCCAUAUCAGACGACGUGGCCGGUGCUACCUUCAUGGCGGCCGGAGGCUCCGCCCCCGAGCUCUUUACCUCCUUUAUUGGUGUUUUCAUCUCACACAGCAACGUGGGCAUCGGCACGAUCGUAGGGUCGGCCGUCUUCAACAUCCUGUUCGUGAUUGGCAUGUGCGCCGUGUUCUCACGUGAGAUCCUCAACCUGACGUGGUGGCCUCUUUUCCGCGACGUCUCCUUCUACAUCCUCGACCUGAUCAUGCUCAUUGUCUUUUUCCUGGAUAACAGCAUCAGCUGCUGGGAGAGCAUUAGUCUGCUGCUGGCCUACGCCAGCUAUGUGCUCUUCAUGAAGUACAACUCCCAGGUAGAGGCACUCGUCAAAGGCUUGGUGAACCGCAACCAGGUGGUGGAGGUGGCCGAGCCGCAGCCGAAGGUUAGUCCAGUGCCAACGGAGGAUGACAGCAAGCUGUCGGCCAAGCCUCGGCUGCAGAGAGGCGGAAGCUCAGCGUCGCUACACAACAGUCUGAUGAGGAACAGCAUCUUCCAGCUCAUGAUCCACACACUGGACCCGCUUAGUGAAGAAUUCGCUGACUCUGAUGAUACAGACGUUCCAAAACAGAGAGAGAAUGUGGAGCUGGGGACUUAUGGCAAGCUAAAAUAUUAUCACUCAAUGACAGAAGAAGGAAAGUUCCGUGAGAAGGCAUCCAUUCUUCACAAAAUUGCCAAAAAGAAAUGCCAAGUGGAAGACGCUAACGGAGUGGCUGAUAAGAACCUCCCGAAUAGCUCCAGCGUGGAGGUGGAAGUUUCUCCACCUCUGAACGGCACUGCGGGACAAGAGGGAGACGCGGGUGAGGAAGAUGAAGAAGAAGAUCAGCCCCUGAGCCUGUCGUGGCCUGAGAGCAAUCGUAAGCGCCUUACGUACCUCUUACUCCUCCCCAUCGUCGUACCCCUGUGGAUCACGCUGCCCGACGUCCGUAAACCAACAGCCAAAAAGUUUUUCCCCAUCUCGUUCCUGGGUUCCAUCUGCUGGAUCGCUUGCUUCUCCUAUCUGAUGGUGUUUUUGGCUCACCAGGUUGGCGAGACCAUUGGCAUCACGGAAGAGAUCAUGGGGCUGACCAUCCUGGCAGCAGGAACUUCUAUCCCAGAUCUCAUCACCAGCGUCAUUGUGGCACGGAAAGGUCUCGGAGACAUGGCGGUGUCCAGCUCGGUCGGCUCCAACAUCUUUGACAUCACUGUAGGGCUGCCCUUCCCCUGGCUUUUGUUCUCUCUGGCGAACGGUUUGAGUCCAGUGGAGGUGAGCAGCAACGGCCUCUUCUGUGCCAUCGUGCUCCUCUUCAUCAUGCUCCUCUUCGUCAUCAUCUCUAUUGCCGCAUGCAAGUGGAAGAUGAGCAAGCUGCUGGGCUUCAUCAUGUUCCUCCUCUACGUCGUCUUCCUUGUGGUCAGCGUCAUGCUGGAGGACAAGAUCAUCAGCUGCCCCGUUUCCAUCUGACGCUCUUCACUCGCACCGUCAGUCCAGCAAAGCACCCUUUCGGCGAAGCUCCGCCCCUUCUCAUCGAAGCAGGAAGUUGAAAAUGAACCUGAACCUCAAGCUGUAGUUCCUUUAAUAAUUGACCCCUUUAACAUAUCAGUGUCUGUUUACACCCUGAAGCCUCAUCCAUGUCUCUCCAAACCUGCUUUCCCUCUCAUCAGAGUCCGGCGGUUCGUCCCUCACCUGGAACCGCUGGAUGUCUUCGUGUCUUGUGCGAUCUUCUUGACAACGAAUCUUCUAUAGUUGUGUUUUUGGAAAGUUAGUUAGCUGCUUGUGCUGAGCGAUACGUCAAAAUCUGGCAAAAAGGUUCCUGGAACUGUAGAGAAAAAGAACCAUCAAAAAUAGUCUAUAAGGUAGCUGAUAAAAUAUCAGUUUUAUAUUAUUUUAUUAAAUCGUUUAUACUAUUUUAGUUUUACACUUAUAAAAAUCCUCACAACGUUUGAACUUAAACGUAAAGCAAAAAAUGUUUACUAGGGCAAUUCUACGAAAUCUAUUCGUGAUAUAAACCUGAAGAAGAAGAAGAAACAUCUAACCAAGAAAAUCAUUUCUCAUCAUAAGACUCGGUUCAAUCUCCAUCAGACGGUCCGUUUUCUUUUUAAUCAGGUAAAUAAUCUAAUGACCGGAAUGAAAAAAAAAGGAACCUGAUGUGCUGUUGCCAUGGAAACUGCACCACGAAUUGCACAAACCUACACCGUUUUCGUACCACCUGUAGCAAAUAAAAAAAAAAGUCUCUUACGGUUAAUCGUAAGCAUCGUUAGCGACGGGAUGAAGCGAAUUCUGAAAAACAUUUACAAAACAGCAAUAAAGAAAAGAAAAGAAAAGUUAAGCUAGAAAAGUCAUCACUUGGUAAUUCAUAGCUACGUUGCGUAACGACCGCGACGAAGAAUACGAAGCUGUGACUUAUAGUAAACUUUUCCAGGUUUUUCCUCUCAGUUUCUGUUAGUAGCUUCUGCUGUUGUAUCUUUGACCCAUGAAAAUAUUUAGUUUCCAAUUUGCAUAAUGGAUGAUGGAAAGGAAGAACGUGCUGAUUUGGGGUUUCGUUCAUUUUUGUGGGAAAAAAAACAAGCAGAUUUUUAUUUGCAGUUGAACUAAAAGAGAUCGAAGCAUUUUUUGAGAAUAUCAAUUUAAAUGUAAAGCUACAGAUUGGUUUUUUUUUUUUUACAGUGGAUAAAACGAUCGCUCAGCACCAGUGUUGUAAUUUAAUGCUAAGCAAGAGAGAGAGAGAGAGAGAGAGAGAGAGAGAGAGAGAGAUUCAGAUCAGGAUGUACUAUGCAUGGCAUUCUCUUCAUCGAAUCUGAAACCUUGGCAUUUUCUCUAGGAUCGUCUCAUGGGUGAUGUUUCGAGGUCAGAUCCAGAGCUACGUUUGCUACAUGAGCCCUAACUCGUGCAGCUUCACGUUGGCUCGAGAUGUUCUCUAACGAAUGCUCCAGGGACGGACACUGAUGUUUUUACCUUUCAUGAAAGUGUGAAUGUUCUGGUCAGACAGUCGGGGAAAAGAUGUGACAAGAAGACUUGGAGUGCAUUCAGGGCACUAUUGUGUACGUGCAGAUAGUCAUGUUUUUUUUUUAUCAACACUCCCCACCCAUCCCCCGACCAUCUCACCCAUCUGCCCAUCCCCUACCAUCUCACCCAUCUGCCCAUCCCUUGACCGUCUCACCCAUCUGCCCAUCCCUUGACCGUCUCACCCAUCUGCCCAUCCCUUGACCGUCUCACCCAUCUGCCCAUACCUUGACCAUCUCACCCAUCUACCCAUCCCUGACCAUCUCACCCAUCCGCCCAUCCCUUGACCAUCUCACCCAUCUGCCCAUCCCUGACCAUCUCACCCAUCUGCCCAUCCCUUGACCAUCUCACCCAUCUGCCCAUCCCUUGACCAUCUCACCCAUCUGCCCAUCCCUGACCAUCUCACCCAUCUGCCCAUCCCUGACCAUCUCACCCAUCUGCCCAUCCCUUGACCAUCUCACCCACCUGCCCAUUCCUUUACCAUCUCACCCAUCUGCCCAUCCCUUGACCAUCUCACCCAUCUGCCCAUCCCUUGACCAUCUCACCCAUCUGCCCAUCCUCCACCUCCUUUUUACGACUCAGUUACUUUUUCCUGUGUCACGUGCCCGAGUCACAAUUCCACCUGACUGUUGCUCUGAUAAUCGAUAUAGCGAGUAGAACUAGCUGAAGUGCAGUAUUGAAAAUAAUCACCAGAAGAUUUAAAAAAAGAAAGAAAGAAACGAUUCACGAUCAGCGACUCGACACACACCCAUUUCACCCUCAAGCAUGUUAUUGUGUAUACAGAUAACAUAGAUUAGCCUCCUAAAAUAGUAUGCAAGAGGAAAAAAAAACAUAAAACACAGGAGCGGACAGCCGAGUAGACGCUUAUAGACAUAGUUCAGUGUCAAACUAGCCUGUAGAUAGUUCUUAUAUAUAAAUAUCUAUAAAUAAAUGGAAAUAAAUAAAUAUAUAUUAUAUAAUCUCUCGCACCGAAGAGGCUAUGUGCAAUAAUCUCAUUAAAAUACUCAAAGCUUGAAACGCUAACAGAUUUUCAAAAGUAUUUCCAGAUCGUAGUUCACAAUAUGUAGCUUAAUUCUUUACUCUCGUUGAUAUUAACAUUUAAUACUCCACUACGAGCCACAUCUCCAGUUCCUUCGUAGAGAUUCCUACACGUUUUUGUACAGCAAAGGGACAAAAUACAUCUGUUUGUGGUUGUAGAGCAGAAGGUUCAGACUGACGUGGACCGAGUCUCUGAACUUUUACGCUCCGUUAUUCGGUCUCAAUGACAUGCUGAAUAUCGCUCAGAACAUAACGGUCCAAAACUUAGCAACCAUUCAGACUCGUUUAUCUCAUUAGCAUGGCAUACAGAGCGUUGUAUACUAACCCCAUCCGUACUGAUCGAGUAAUACCCCAUAGUUUCUAGAACAAUCUAGAUCCAUCACCGAUACACAUACAUCACAGGGUUAAACAUGUAUGUGUGCAUCUGUGUGUGUGUGUAGUAAAGAGGGCCGCUGCUGGGCCCCUGAGCAAGGCCCUUAACCCUUAAUUGCUCAGUUGUAUGAAUGUAAGUCACUCUAGAUACAGUAAGAGCAUCUAGAAAUUAACCAUUUUACUGGUAACUCCAAAAAAUAGAAACUGGCUAAUCGAUAAAUAUACAAUAAGAUCUUUAGAAAUAUCACCAUCAUGUAUAAUAAUAUUAUAGUUACUCAUAUAGAACUUACACAACAUGAUUCAGAUAAUAAUCUUAUAGAAACUUGGACCUUAAAAAUACAAUAGAAAUCCAGAAGUGUUUCAAAUAUGGUUUGGAUUUCAGCGUUUAAAAAUUCAACAAUUUGUAACCUAAAUAUGUUAAAAAAACAAACAAACAAAAAAAAAAAACAUGGAGGAUUUAUUAGGGACUAUAGCAGUUCCAACUGGGCUUCAGAUUAGAUAUUCAUCUGAGAUUCUGAGAAAAAACUUGGAGUUAAUUUUCCUGUCAAAAGUAGUAACUUAUAAACAUUAUUUAAAAAAAUGUAAAGUUUGUUUAUUGCAUUUUUACAAUUUCUUAAUGAAUUUUUAAUAACAGAUUAUUACUUCUGACCGCAAAAUAGCUUCAUAUUGGAAAUCGGAUCAUUCUCAAAUGUUUGGAAUUAAUGUUUUCAAUUUAAUGUACAUUUUUGCUUAUUAUUAUUAUUAUUAUUAUUAUUAUUAUUAUUAUUAUUAUUAUUAUUAUUAUUACUAUUAUUAUUAUUAUUAUUAUUAUUAUUAUUAUUAUUAUUAUUAUUAUUAUUAUUAUUAUUUACACAGAUUUACAGGUCAAUCUGUUUUCUUGAAUUACUUGAACCCGACUCAGCAUUUGAUGAAAAUUUCAUUCCCCCAAAAUAUUAUAAAGUAUUAAAUAAAACAUACUCGUCUAAAACUUAUAAAAUGUCUUAGUUUCUAAUUUAUUAUUUAGAUCAACUUUAUAUUUUAGUUCAAUAAUAAUUAUUUACAGGUAUAUCCCAAACCUUUUGAAGUGCAGUGAUUAUUUAUUAAAUUUUUUUGCACACUUAGUGAAUGAUUGUAUAAACACAUUUCAGAGUUUUUUAGGACUCCGUAUUUAUUUCUAAUCCUUUGCAGGACACUGUAAUAUACAGCAGUUUACUUGGAAGGUUGCGUUGAUUUCAGCUCAAGAGAGAAAUAACAGGAAAUUUUUAUUCUCUGGACAAAAACUAACAUUUUUUCUACACAAGCUCAGCACUGUGGGGCUUUCUUUUCGGUAGGAAGGCGACUCACUCGGUUCAUCAUAAUCAUCCUCAUCAUCAUCAUCAUCAUCAUCAUCAUGACAGAGAUAGGGUUUAACGCUAACGCCUCACACUCAACACUGAAUGUGUACAGAUAUACAUAUACACACACUGGAUCAUGUAACUUGUGUAAAAGAAAAGAGUCUAUGUAUCAAUGCAAAAGUAUGUAAUAAAUGAAAUAAAGGUAAAUAUAAUGAAAACUGGUUGGUUU